AUGGCCACCACACUCUUGUGCAUGACGCUGGUGGUCCACUCCUUCUGCAGAGACAUGAUGUUGCGCCUGCAGACCUUCCACGGCCGCAUGGACGAGCUGCGCGUGUGGGCCGGCGUGCGCACCCCGGCCGAGAUCCUGGUGGGCUACGACACCACCGACCUGUCGUUGACCACGACCACCACCCCCUACGCCGAGGCUCGCGCCAGUAGCCUGGGGGAGGACGAGUCGUGCGUGGCGCUCGCUUCCCCGACUGGCGCCAAAGCCGCGUUCGAGGGCGAGAUCGAGGGCCAGGCGCCGGUGUGGGUGCCCUCGUUGGCCCCUCUGGUGCUGCGAGUGGAGGCGACAAACUUCUUGCUGGCGCACCUCACCCUCUUCAUCUACUUGGCCCACCCGAACGACACGUUUGCGGCGCAGAUCGAUGUGUUGGCGCUCAACCCGAGUCCAUCUACCGCGACGGCGGCGCGGCCGUCCUGGUGA